GGGGUGCGGCCGCGGCCGGGAGGGUGUGGCCCGGCCGGGGGCGCAGCGGGGAGCGCGGGAGGGUCGCUGUCAGUCCCGCCGAUAGCGGAUCAUGGCCCAGGGUGCAAGGCCGGCAUCCGGAGGGUGAGAGGGAGGGAGGACAGCCCUGGCGGCCGCUCCCCAGUCCCUCGCGGCCCCCAGCCCGAGCUGCGCCCCGCGCCCCUAGCCGCCCCGGGGCUGCCCCUCCGCGCGCGCUCCUGGGGGGCCCAGGAGCUGCGCCUCCGGCCCGGCAGCAUUGUGACGUAGUAGGGCCGCCUCAGCUCCUCCGCCCGCCCGGCGGCUCCUGCCGCGGGGAUUCCAGCUCCUGCCACCGUCUAUCUGUCCAUCAGUCCGUCGGUCUGUGUGCGUCCUGCCCUCCGCGCUGCGGAGUCUCCCGGGGCGGUCCCCCCCCCCCCCCCCGGUGAGUCCAGCUCCCUUUCCCUCUCAGGGCAGGCGGGGGGUGAAGCCUUUCCAAGUUUGCACCGGGCAGCCCCGCCAGCGGUCUCCCCUGCUUCUCCCUCCUUUCCAGGGAGCCCCCUCCCCCGACUCCUAUCCACGCCCCUAGGACCCCCUUUGUGCCGCGCGUCCGGGCGCCUGGGCAGCAAGGAUUUGGGGGGGGGGGGUCUCUAUAGUAACGGCGGCGGCGGCGGCUGGCAAGCGGUGGCUCAACUACCGGGAAGGGGGAGCAGCCCUCUGUGCCCCCCUCCUCCUCUACCGCCCCUUCGCCCAGGCUGCCAGCAGAUUGUUCUUUUCAUCUGCCCGUUUCGCGGUGUUCCCAUUCUGGUGGCCACCGCGCAUCAGAUCAGAUCAGAGGUGGCUGGGCUUGGGUAUUGUGGGGACUCCAGACUGCAGAGAUAAAGGGGGUGCCAAGUAAGAAAAGCCCCAGCCACUGACUGUCCUGAUAACAACAAUCAUUCCCGCAAACGAGCGAUGCCCCGUGGUGCUGCCACCUAGGGAGGUGCGCCCAACCUGAGCCCCCGGCUGCGCGUCCAGCGCGGCCUCCAGCCGCCCCACUCCGAAGCUGUCCGGGGCCACCCCAGAUUCACACGGGGGGACUGCGCCUCCCCUGGUGAUGACUUCUCCUCUGCAGGUGGAAUUUAUGAGUAUCUGACCUGAUUCAAAAUGUGCAAAGAAGAAUAAUGGAAGCCCCUGAAUACCUCGAUUUGGAUGAAAUUGACUUCAGUGAUGACAUAUCGUACUCAGUCACAUCACUCAAGACCAUCCCAGAACUGUGCCGAAGAUGUGACUCACAGAAUGAAGACAGAUCAGUGUCCAGCUCCAGCUGGAACUGCGGAGUCUCAGCUCUCAUCAACACACAAAAACCCACGGGAAUCGCUGAUAUCUACAGCAAGUUCCGCCCAGUGAAGCGGGUGUCCCCUCUGAAACAUCAGCCAGAAACUCUGGACAGCAAUGAAAGCGAUGACCAAAAGAACCAGAAGACAGAGUAUCAGAAAGGGGGUAAUUCUGAUCCCAGCCCCCUACCUGAGGCGCUCAGCUCAGGAGAUGGAGAGGGUGCUCCCCAGGGGAAGAGCACAGAUCCCUCAGGCUCCUUGCUGGGUGAGCUGGAGCACUAUGACCUGGACAUGGACGAGAUCCUGGACGUGCCUUACAUUAAGUCUAGCCAGCAGCUGUCCUCUCUGACCAAGGUAACCACUGAGAAAAGGAUUUUGGGUUUAUGCACCACCAUCAAUGGCCUUUCUGGCAAAGCUUGCUCCCCAGGAAGUAUUGAGACCUCACCAGCCAGCAUGACACCAUUCUGUAUCCUCUCUCCAGUGAAGAGUCCUCACCUGAGAAAGGCUUCAUCCUCUGUCAUCCGAGACCAGCAGAAGCUCUCUGCAGAGCAACCUGAGGGCUCAUCACCACUGGUUCCCUGUGGUUCUGCUUAUGAACCAGAAAACCAGGGUAAGGACUUUCUAAACAAAACCUUUCCAGAGCCUGCUGGUCAAAAAGGUGAGAAGGCAAUGCCAGAUUGCCAGCUCAGGGCCUUCCAACAGCAGUCUUCAGCCCCAGAGCCCAGACUGGAUGAGCAUGUGGGGACCUUGAGCUGGACCAGUUCCCAAGGCUCAGAAGAAAGAAGUGAGUCUCUAAAAAAAGCCAAAAGCAUCUUGAACAUCGUUAAAGAAGGACAGAUCUCUCUCCUGCCUCACCUAGCUGCUGACAAUCUCGACAAAAUCCAUGAUGACAGUGGAAACAACCUCUUGCACCUGGCUGCAUCACAUGGCCAUGCGGAAUGUCUGCAGCACCUCACUUCUCUGAUGGGAGAAGACUGUCUCAACGAACGAAACACUGAGAAGCUGACACCCGCAGGCCUGGCCAUCAAGAAUGGUCAGUUGGAGUGUGUACGCUGGAUGGUGAGUGAAACGGAAGCCAUUGCAGAACUGAGUUGUUCUAAGGAUUUUCCAAGCCUUAUUCAUUAUGCAGGUUGCUUUGGCCAGGAAAAGAUUCUUCUGUGGCUUCUUCAGUUUAUGCAGGAGCAGGGCAUCUCACUGGAUGAGGUGGAUCAGGAUGGCAACAGUGCCGUUCAUGUGGCCUCACAGCAUGGCUACCUGGGCUGUAUACAGACCCUGGUGGAGUACGGUGCCAAUGUCACCAUGCAGAACCACGCUGGGGAGAAGCCCUCGCAGAGUGCUGAACGCCACGGCCACACCCUGUGUUCACGGUACCUGGUGGUAGUGGAGACCUGUAUGUCACUGGCCUCACAGGUGGUGAAGCUUACCAAGCAGCUGAAGGAACAGACAGUGGAACGUGUCACACUGCAGAACCAGCUCCAGCAACUUUUAGAAGCUCAGAAAUCAGAGGGCAAGUCACUUCUUUCUUCAUCUAGCUCACCAUUCUCCCCAGAUCCCAGAAAGUCCCAGUGGAAAGCCCCAGACACAGAUGAGGAGUCUGCAGCCAAAGGCAAAGCAGUGGCCCAAGAAGGCAUUCAGGUUCUUGGGAGCCUGUCAGCCACCAGCCAGAUGAGGGCCAAAGCAAGAGACGGUGAAGAUUCUGACAAAAUAUUACGCCAGUUACUGGGGAAAGACAUCUCUGAGAAUGUCUGCACUCAGGAAAAGCUGUCCUUGGAAUUCCAGGAUGCUCAGGCAUCCUCAAGAAACUCCAGAAAGAUGGCAGUGGAGAAGAGGGAACUGAAGCUGGCUAGGCUGAGGCAGCUGAUGCAGAGGUCUCUAAGUGAGUCAGACACAGACUCCAAUCACUCGGAGGACCCCAAGGGCACACCUGUACGCAAGGUGGAUAGGCCCAGACCACAGCCCAUCGUGGAGAGCAUAGAGAGCAUGGACAGCGCUGAGAGUUUGCACUUGAUGAUCAAGAAACACUCAUUGGCCUCUGGACGCAGGUUUCCUUUUGGGAUCAAGGCCUCCAAGUCUCUGGAUGGCCACAGUCCCUCUCCCACCUCUGAGAGCAGUGAUCCAGACCUGGAACCCCAGUGUCAAGGCUCUGUGAAUACUCCUCCAAGCCAGCCCUCAAGAGACCCCACUCAGCCCAGUCCUGAGGCCGCUGUAGCCCAGAAAGUGGCCACGAGUCCCAAGAGUGCCCUCAAGUCUCCAUCUUCCAAGCGUCGGACAGCGCAGAACUUGAAGCUCAGGGUAACUUUUGAAGAGCCUGUGGUGCAGAUGGAGCCAACCAUCCCAGAACUAAAUGGAGAGAAGGACAAAGAAAAAAGCAGGACUGCCCAGCGAACCCCUGCAGCGAGUGAGUCUGGAGAUCAACUGAAAAGGCCCUUUGGAACCUUCAGAUCCAUCAUGGAGACACUCAGUGGGAACCAGAACAAUAAUAAUAACUAUCAGGCAGCCAGCCAGCUGAAGACCUCCACUCUCCCCUUGACCUCCCUUGGAAGGAAGGCCACAGACACCAAGGGAAACUCUGUGAACUCUGCCAGCAAGGGGAAGAAUAAGGUGGAGAUGUACAGCAGCUGUGUCAGUCUCUCCUCUAACCCACUGAUUGAAGAUCCUCUGCGUAACUCAGCACGGCAUAAUGACAUCAAUAGAAAAAUGAAGAAAUAUUACAGCAUAAAGCACAUUGAUGAGCCAGAAUCAAAAGAAGUCUUCUUGUAAAUCACUUUUUAUUGUCUUUCAAUGCUGCCCUUUGGACACUAUUGGACAUUUCUGGACCAUCCUCUGGAAACAGAACUAUAAGAACAAUACCUCACCAGCAAAAAGAACAGAGUUUCAGGAUGCCUUAAAUGUAUAAUAGUAGACUAUACAAGAGACAUUUUUUGAUGCUAUUUGUACAUAUAACUUGUUUUUAAAGAGAUGCUGUUUAAAAGCAUGGUUGGGCAAACGUAUGUUUUUGUUUUUGUUUUUGUUUUUCCUAAGAUUUCCAAUCUACCCAAGAGACAUUCACCCAGCCUGUGAUGCCGUUUUGUAUUUCAUCAAUUGCAUGAAUGUUUGCUAAUGUGGUUGAACUUCCCCUUCCCCAUAAUAUGGGCAGCUUUGAUUCACCAUCUCAAUGAGACCAAGUCAAUGGUAUUGUUUUCCACCAGGAGUGUUUUUCCUGUCGUUUCUACAUUUUGUAUAAAGAAAUUAAACAAUGUUAACAGCCACCUAAAA